AUGUGUAACCCCACUAGAGACGAUGGCUCUAGCCAAAGCAGCGUGGUUCGUAAGGAAAAAAGGCCGUAUUUUCAGAGAGAAUGGAAUACGUUCGAUGUAAUGAGAACGUUAACCGUUACGACAGUGCACUUGUUGUGUCUCUUGGCACCAUUUAACUAUAAAUGGGAAGCUUUACGGUUCGGUCUGGUGCUUUUCGCGGUUGUUCAGCUCGGCAUCACAUUUUCAUACCAUAGGAACUUGUCUCACCGGAGCUUCAAGCUCCCAAAAUGGCUUGAAUAUCCUUUCGCCUAUUCUACUGUUUUCGCUCUUCAGGGCGAUCCGAUGGAUUGGGUGAGCAUACAUAGGUUCCAUCACCAGUUCACAGAUACAGAUCGUGACCCACAUAGCCCUAACGAAGGGUUCUGGUUCGGCCAUGUCAUGUGGAUUUUUGACACCUUUUAUAUAAAACAUAAGUGUGGUAGACGUAACAACGUGAUGGACUUGAAGCAGCAAUGGUUCUAUAGGUUUCUACGUAAGACGAUUGGUUUCCACGUCUUAAUGUUUUGGACCGUCCUCUAUCUCUACGGUGGUUUACCUUACCUUACUUGCUGCGGGGGAGUUGGAGUUGCGAUCGGGUACCAUGUGACAUGGCUCGUAAACUCGGUCGGCCAUAUAUGGGGUUCGAGGUCGUGGAAGACUAAAGACACAUCUCGUAACGUUUGGUGGUUAAGCUUAUUUACAAUGGGAGAUAGUUGGCACAACAAUCACCAUGCAUUUGAAUCAUCAGCAAGGCAUGGCUUUGAGUGGUGGCAGAUAGAUAUCACUUGGUACCUGAUUCGAGUACUCGAGGUUCUCGGAUUAGCCACCGAUGUGAAAUUGCCAUCGGAAUACCAAAAACAGAAGUUGGCUCUCGCUCGUUGA